AUGAGUCCCUUCCAGAUUGUUCAAGGUUUUAAUCCUAAACAGCCUAUUGACCUCCUGCCAAUCCCGUUGACAUUUCACAUUUCUGAAUCUGCGAAAUCCUUUGCCAAUCGCCUUCAUGACUUACAUGCUGAAAUUAGGCGCAAAUUAGCGACAAGUAAUGAUCAAUAUAAAUUAUCUGCUAAUACUCAUCGUCGAUUUCAAAGCUUUGAAAUAGGUGAUUAUGUUAUGGCUCGCAUUCAUCUAGAACGUUACCCUAAACACGCUUUUAAAAAGUUGCAUGCUCGAGCUACGGGACCUUUUCGCAUAAUAAAGAAAUUAGGACCUAAUGCUUAUCUUUUAGAACUACCUUCUGAUAUGGCCAUUAGUCCAGUUUUUAAUGUAAAGGAUCUUAUGCCUUACCGGGGAACUUUUGAGCCUUCCCCUUUGCUUUCUGAUGAUUUUGCAGGUACUAAGCCUUCACAAGUGCCAAUUCCAUCAUUGCCUGCUGUCUCACCAUUAGUUGAUGAAAUCGAGACCAUUAUGGAUGAUCAAAUGGUCUUUACCUCUGAGGGGCCCAUCCGUCGUUAUUUGGUUCGUUGGAGAGGUCGAUCUGAUGAAGAUGCCACCUGGAUUUCAGAAGAUGAAUUUCAACAACUUAAUCCUGCCUUGCUAGAAACCUAUCAACUCUCUACCUCUCCGGAGGAGAUGGGCCAUCUAGUCCUGGUGGCUACCAUUGGUGAGGUCCAAAUAGAAGUUGGCCAUUUGGUCUUGGUGGUCGCCACUGGUGAGGUCCCAAUGGUAGUCGGCUCUUCGAUUUUGGUGGUCACCAUCGGUUUGGUCUCAGUGAAAGUCAUCCGUUUAAUCCUGGUAGUCACUAUCGGUUCAAUCUCGAUGGAAGUCGGCCGUUUUGAUCUUGAUGGUUGCCAUCGGUCUGAUCUUAAAUGA